CGCAUCUUUAAACAAUGUUAACGAAUGUAGAAAUUCACAUCAUUGUUAGAUCAUUCAGUGGGCUGAAAUUCGUGUUCCAGUUUCAAUAAAUAAUUGUUAAAGUACUGAACAUUAUUAAAAAAUCUGAACCAGUGCCCCUGAGGUCUGCAGUGUAUUCAAUACCUGGCCGGGUUUGGCCGACAGACAGGUAAAACCUGAACAAUAUGAAGAAGGUCAAAUAAAAUCGCUAUCAUGGCAUCUGAAGACAUUGCCCAAGGUCAAUAUGUCAUUGAAUGUGACAUCUGCAAACAACCAGUCUCGUUCUUCUGCAGACGAUGUGGGGUCAAUCUCUGCGAUCCUUGUGUUCCGGUACAUCUCCGGAUUAAGUCCAAGACCGGACAUGACGUCGUGGAUUACGCCAGUAGAGAUGAUAUUGACACAUCUACGUGCGAUUCUCAUCCACAGAACGAGUGUUCUGUGUACUGCCAGAUGUGUGAUGUUCCGAUAUGCACGGUUUGUGUUUUAAACAAACACAAAUCACACGAAAUGUCCGAGCUGUCAAAUAAAAUCGAAGAACUGAUGAAAACCAUUAUGAAAGAAAAUGAGCGACUUCAAAAAUAUAAAUGUGAACUUGAAAAAAUCUUAGAUCACACGACACAGAGAUUGCCUUCAUUAUCCAAACUUUACCAACACAAGAAGGAUGAAGUGACGUCACGGGGAGAGGAGUGGCACAGACAGAUAGAUAAAACCGUGAAGACGCUCCACCAGGAACUGGACGACAUGCAAAAGGAGCACGAAUCACUACUCCAGAAACAGAAACGAGAAUUGGAAGAGAUUUUAGGAAAAGUUGAUGAAACAAACACCGCGACAAUGAAACUGAACAAUUCACAGAAUGUUAUAGAAAUGAAGAGACUGAUACCAAUGAUUGAAAAGCAGGAAACUCCCUCGGAGAUUACACAGUACUCGUUUCCGGUGUUUUACAAAUGUGAAAUUGACGACAACUAUUUGAAAUCGUAUUUCGGAUACAUUGAGAAUAUACAAGAAAGAAAGAUUUCUCUGCCGAGAUUGAUAUCUGAAGACGCUGUGAUUUCGAAUCACAAAAUAUUAGAGGUGCCGAAAGUUAUCACAGCUAUAGACACAGGGUUUCCUGCUAGUGGAAAGCAUAACGAUCGUCUAUACGAUAUUGCUGUUAUUGAUGAUAACAGAGUGUGGAUGGGAGGAGCAAGUCAAACACUCAAGUUGUUUGAUUUCCAGGGAAACCUCCACGACACUGUCACUAUCACAACACGCGGUAUGUACCUCACUGUAUACAACAAGCAAGUGGUUUACACAGUAUCGGGCAGCAAUAAUACUGUGUAUAGAGUAGCCGCGGAUAAAACGAUCCAGACGAUGUUUACAACCGGGGAGUGGACACCACGCGGCAUCACGAGUACCGCGUCAGAUGACCUACUGGUCUGUCUCCAUAAAGAUGACCAGUACAAAGUCGUGCGAUACAGCGGUACUGGUACCGUACUCCAGGAAAUUCAGUACGACUCACAGGGCCAGCCUCUGUACGGAAAAACAAAUUACAUCACUGAGAAUGUCAACGGGGACAUCAUCGUAACAGACUGGAAGAAAAACGCUGUCAUUGCCGUCGAUAGAUUAGGAAUAUUUCGGUUUUCUUUCUCUGGGAGGGACACGCAAUUUAUCGGAUGCUGCGUCACUACUGAUCCUGCCGGUCACGUUAUCAUUACUGACCUUCGCGACAAGAUCCACAUGUUGGACAGGGACGGGCGAUUCCUGAGAUAUAUCAUUCCAGAUCAAGGGAUUAAUAAGCCACGCAGUGUGUGUAUUGUCGGGGACGGGGAGAUGUUUGUUGGGGAAAAUAAUACCGGCAUAGCAAAACGAAUAAAAUAUUCAGAGUAAUAAACAAAAUGAACUGUGUGCUGUCUCGUAUGAAAUAUGUUAUUAUGCAAUAAAUUGUGUAAAUUAA